GGGUGCGUGUUAAAUGAACAACCAGAGCGACAAUGGUGGCAGUGGCGGUUCUAUAAUGCGGGGCGCUGGGGCGCCGCCCCCCUAAAUGCGAAAUAAUUAUAAAAUAAAAAUUGUUUACUCGUACAAUGCGCCUGGUAGUCUGUCAGCGCCUGCCAGCAUUCAUUAAAAAUUGGUUCCAAAAUCUAAUUGUAUUUGGUUAAUUUCUGUGUGAUUAUAGCCUACUUCCUGGGUGAAGGGCGCCGGCCAAAUUACAUUACAUUUAUUUGAGUGUGUAUGUAAGUCUUUCAACUUUUGGCAAGCAGGUGACCUGAGGCUGCUCUCUAAAUGGUUGCUUCAGAUUUUCCACGGGGCGCAGAGCUGCGCCCCAGACACUCUUACUUUUAUUGGCAGCGAAUUGGUAUUGUUUUUAUGUUUUUAGAUCUAAUGUGAUUGGACAAUUCUCGACGCUAUCUUUCAUGUUCACGCCCGCCAUUAAUAUAACUACGGAUACGCGACUGUCACUCCUGCUCCUUAGCUAGCUGACCGGUACUUUCAGGAGAUGGCAACUUCAAGUAGAACUGCGGAAAUCAAAUAAAAUUUGGUAUUUCCUUACAAAAACGCCCUUUCACAAGGCGUUCACUGGAAGAAAAAAAGAGGAUGAAGGAACUUGGACCGGACCGACCCAUUUUACAAAUUCAGCAGCAGGCAAGUGAUCGAGGACGAGCAUACACCCGGAACGGGCUCUUGUUAUGACAAACGGAGUUGGCUAGCUGGAUGUGGUCUUCUUCCUUGAAGACUCCCGGUCUCCGCUUUUAAAACCCCCGGCUCACUGUUGAACAAUCAGUGGCAAUCAGCGCAGUCGAACAAUUAGCAAUUUUCGGUGCCGAUUACCUCCACCUGACAGCUGUGACGUUGGAUCCGAGAGCCGCUCCUGUCACUCUCUCUCUGCAGCUGACGCCAAACCACGCCCACCCUACCACAAUCUUUGGCAGGAGCUGGAUUUAUUGCCAUUGGAUUUUGGGCCUGGAGUGAAAAGGGGAUGCUGUCGGACCUAACCCAGGUGACACGGUCGCAAGGUUUUGACCCUGUGUGGUUGGUUCUGAUAGUAGGAGGGGUCUCCUUCAUCCUGGGAUUUGCAGGCUGUGUGGGAGCACUGCGGGAGAACAUCUGCCUGCUCAAGUUUUUUUCAGGUCUCAUUUGUUUCAUCCUUUUCCUGGAACUCCUGGCGGCCGUUCUGGCCUUCGUCUUUAAGGACUCCCUGAAGGAAUGGAUUAAUGACUUCUUCCUAGCCAACAUCAAAGCCUACAGGGAUGACAUUGAUCUGCAGAAUGUCAUUGACUCUUUGCAGAGACUGAAUUUCUGCUGUGGCGCCAGAGACCCGAACGACUGGGACCUGAACGUUUAUUUCAACUGCACCAAGAGCAACCCCAGCAGGGAGCGAUGUGGAGUUCCCUUCUCCUGCUGCCUCUCUGACCCCGCGGACAAUGUGGUGAACACGCAGUGUGGCUACGAUGUCAGAGAAACAAAGGGUGACUGGAGCACCUCCAUCUACACCAAGGGCUGCAUUUCAGCUCUGGAGGAGUGGCUGCCGCGGAACAUCUACAUCGUGGCUGGAGUCUUUAUCGGCAUAUCCCUGCUUCAGAUGGUGGGAAUUUUCCUGGCACGGGCUCUGAUGACCGACAUCAUGCAAAGCAGGUUCUACGACUGAAGAGGCAGGUUGUGGCUUGCUCCAGAGCAUAACAUGGAAGUGCCUUAAUCCAUCUCCCAUCUCGUGCAUCAUGUGUUGGCCAAACAUGUACGGCAGUACCAUGCCCUCCACCAUCUUACACUGGAGAAGAGCACUGGUACCCAGCAUGCACUUUUGCCAGGAGUGUGGAUGAGACUUCAUGCAUACAGCUUUAUUUUCAUUAUUUCACAAAGAGCCUUUUAUAAAGGGAGUUUUUGUACUGGAUUUGCACAAAUGUGUAAUUCUCUUUUAUAAAGUGUGUUAAUAAAAUAUAUUUGCUUUUUAUUCUGUAAGAUGUCUCGAUAAUGUACGUAAACUUUAACAUACAUUUUCUAUAGAAUUUUCAGUGGAAGAUUUUAUAUCAUUGGUAAACAUGGUUCAGUAUUUAAGCCCACUAACUGGGGCAGUGAUGUCUGUCUAGUUGGAAAGAGUACCAGCAUGCACUGAAGCACACCUGACUCCUGCUCAUUGGGCGUGACUGAAAAUGUGAAAAUAUGUCUGUUCUGAACUGCAGCAGCUCAUAUUACUCAUUAGAAUUUUUCUGAGUUUAUUAGCUUUGAGAAACUUUGUGUGCUUUACUGCUCCCUGGUGUUUACAUGAGUAAACUGCAGAAAUUGGUUUUAUUAUUAAAAAGCAUAAUCAACCAUUUGUCUUAACUAUGAACUUUUGAAAACAAAGAUUUGUACCGGUCUGAAAGUGCAUCAAUGUUCAAUUAAUAUUGAAAUCUUAACCCAGAGACUGGUACCAGAUUGAUUGUAUCUAGAUUUGUACAAGAUUGAAAGUGCAUUAAUCAGUGAUUAAAUGCAGAAAAUGACUUUGGGGUGUGGUGGUGUCAAGGAGAGAGUUACCCAGAAAUUUCUCUAGCCAUUUAAUGUAAUUUCAUAAAUGCUUAAAUUUUCCUACUUUUGAACACUAUGAUUGGUUAAGUCCUGUGCUUUAAAAGACCUUUCACAUAACUGUCAAAAAAAGUAAUCUGUACCCUUUUCAAAGUUAAGCAAUUACCUGCUUUCGUUUUUCCUCUGAGAAAUUGUAAAUGCCCGUUAUUUACACAUUGAUGUACAACACCAUUUACAUAUUUUUCCAAAGUGGACCAUCAGAAAUAUUGCUGCUGGGGAGUUUCAUUUGCAUGUCUAAUGGUGCAAGCUGGAAAGACUAUUUACAUGGCUCUAAAGUAGCUGUAUAAAGUGACUCAUGCGUAA